GUAGGGGUUAUUACGGGAGAAACGGCGGACAACAAACACAGGGCUGUCGGCACUCACAUACACGGGGGGUCACACCGACGUCCGCAUCAGUUAUUGCCCACGCCCCCAGCCCUCGGAGGCGAUCCCUAUAAAAGGUGGAACCCAAAGAGCUCGAGGCAGUUGGACACGAAGCUGACCAGUGAAGAUCCAAGACUCGGAGAUUAGGCCCUGGGACUCCCCGGUCUCGCCGUCCUUAUAAGGGCCGAGCCGGGUAAGCCAGUGGCGCGGCCCAAGAGCUUCCAGACCGCUGCCCUUAUCAGGGCAAGGCUGGUUAGCUGGUGCCGAGAUCUGUGCUUGCCAGGGCCAGAUCAGUCAGCCUCCCGUAGCCCAGUAGAGGAGGACUGGGGGACAGGACAGAGGGCUUAGUACUAGGGUGGGUUUCCCAUAGUACGGGUGAAGGGGCCGAUACCCCUUCAACUAUUGUAUCUGUCCCGGAGUUAAUAAACAGUGUGUCUCAACUUCCUCAUCGUCUCCUCAUCAACUUACUACAUCUGGUGUUGGAAGUGGGCCAAGCAUGGAUACGAGACGGAAGACUCGUGCCCAAGACCCAGGAGAGGAUGACGACGAGGGAGGGGCAGUGCAAGACAUCGCCGCCGACGUACCUGCACAACUGCUGCCGGCUCCGACAUCGGCGGGGCCGUCGGAGAGGGCCGGGACGUCGACUGACGAGUUGGCGUUGGCUCACUCGCGGCUGGCGGAGCUCUUGUAUGCAGCGGCCGCUAUGCUGGAACAAAUAACUCGCCUGGGGCCGGGAGGAGCGACGCGGCGGGAAGAUGGACAACGCCCGCCAGAAACUCCCGCCUUUACAACAGCGGGGCGACUCGAAAAUCCCGCCACGAAGACAGUAGGGGCGGAGGGAGGAGUCCCAGCUCGUCACGCGGGAGACGGUGCCCAGCCAGCAGCCGCCACGUCAUCGGCGGAGGCGGGUCGCGGUGGCAGCCUAUCAGGGGUUGAAACGUCACCACCAGCUGACGCCAGCACCGACCAUACAGUACGGGGACGCGCUACGGAUGCUGCAAGAGACGCUGCAAGAGGAUCGGAGACGGAGCCGACAUUCCAGCAACGCCUGCCGGCCCUGCAGGUAUUUGUUGCAAGCGACGGCGAUUGGGGGGGGUUCCAGCGCCGGUUCUUGGCCCACCAAGAGAUGGCAGGCUGGUCGGACAACGAGGCGCUGUGUGCUCUCCCGGCGUUAUUGGACGGCGACGCCCUGGGCACCCUCACUGCUGCACCCAAGUCGGCACGCUCCACCAUUCAGUCGGCGCUGCAGCUGCUGGCCACCGUUUAUGGGCCGUCCUCCGAUUGUCGCCAGCUCUUCUAUGAACGGCAGAAGGGUGAUAAGGAAUCGCCACUCGCUUAUCGCACGGCCCUGCUGUCAUUGGCGAAAGACGCUUUCCCGCGUAUGGAUGAAGAGGGGAUCGAUGCGAUGGUGGCCGAGAAAAUUUUGCUGCUGGCUGACGAUCUGGACUUCACCAUCUUAGCGCAGGACGAUGCGGAUAUGUCAUCACUGCGGGCUGCAAGGCACAUUCACGCCAAUCUCAUCUCCCAGCGGAGGAAGGCGAACAAAGCUGCUGCACGACACACCGUGGCGGCAACCUCUUCUGGAAUGGAGGGAGCCUUCGCUGCGGAUCGUUCUGCAGGAUGGCGAUCUGCCGAGCGACCGGCUCGGGACGUUCCAAGCCACCGAGACCAGCCCAAGUCCUCUGGAACGCUCGUCGUCUGCUAUAAUUGUGGCCUCCGGGGCCACGUGGCGUCCGGAUGCCGGGCUCCUCGACAGCGCGGUGCGAGACCUGGAGCUGCGGACGGCCCUCCUCACAAGCCUUCGCAACAUCCUCGGGAGCCCCAGGACUGAAGCCCUCUGGGCUGCCAGCCUCCCCCGUGGGGGGCGGCGCUGGCACGUCCGGGAAACCGGACGACCAGGCACCUGCUGAUGCGACACCUGCCACUGACUCUACCAAGCCGGCCCCUUGUGACGGGCCCGCUGCACGGACUCGCGCCAAAACGCGCCGGUUGUUAUGAUUAGCUUUCCGCGCGUGUUCCGUUGCUGCGGAACCCGCUCAUUGUAUAUAUGUUUUUUUAAUGGUUGUAUGUGUGUGUAAUAACGAUGACCACGCUAUCUGCUUGUUGCUUGCUGUCCAUGUAAGUGUGUGCGUGUGUUGGGAAUGGACGGAGAGUCUGCUGUGGUUGCUGAGUUUCAAAGGGAGUGUGUGCGCUGCUGCGUGGAGUUGUUAUCUUGAUGGUAAAGUUAAUUAUUAACGUGGGAGCGUCGGGUAUCCUGUGCUGUACCAUCUCGUGGGUCACCGUGCGCGAUGGGCUUAAUUGAAAAAAAAAAUGUUUUUUUUGGGCUGUAUUAUGCUGCGAGGUGCUGUGUGCGAUGCGGUCGUUGCAUGAGAGGGAAUAACUGUGUUGUGGUUGAAAAGUUACGACGGGAUUGAUGGUGUGUUGGUCGCCUGCAGAUUUGCUUGCUAUUGUACUUCAAUGUACGCGUGUGAUCGCGAUAUGCUGAUUGCAUGUGCUGUUAUACCGUUCUGUAUAUGUGUUGCGGUUCCGGGUGGGGGGUUUUUUGUUUUUUUUUAGGGAACCAUCGGUUGAUGUUACGCUUGUUCUUGUUAUUGUUACUGUUACG